AGAGGGGCAUGUGACUACUCAUCAUUCAAAAGGACCACGUCUAUUUCCAACUCAUAAUAUUAGUAGGAUUAGCAAGUGGAUUUGUCAUUUUCUAUCUACUUUAACAACAUGGUCAUCAAUUAAUAAUUAUAUAACUAUUGUAAUCCUGCAUCGACAUACUUAGAGAAUCUCUACUUAUAGCUAUGAGAAUUUUCAGUCCAGUUCAGUUGUACAAAACACACUCUGAUAGUCUUUAGGGAGGUUGAGAAAACGUAAACACAGCAAUUCAGCGAUCAGCUCACGAGAAUUGGAAUACAUAGCUGAAAUACCAGAGAACAAAAGCGAAAAAAAAGAGAAUUUGCUAGGGGAAGUGUAUACAAUAUCAGACAAACUGAAGAUGGAGAAAGACGAGAAGGGCCAUUCACAAUCUGAAUUUGAAAGAGCUUCAGAGGUUGCAAGUAUUAAGGAUCUGACUAAAGGUAACUAUGGAAUCACUGGGGGUGAAAUUUUUUAUGCAUCACCCUUAGUUUCCAAGGCUGUUGAAGAAAAUGGCAGUUCAAUAGAGGUCCAUGUGUCAGUCGAUACACCAAACAAGUCAGAUGAACAGAUCUUCGGGAGUUCAUUCCACCAGGGGGAGAAAACAGAAGAUGAAAGAGUAGAAAUCAGCCCAGCUGAAAAUAUUUCUUCAAAUGGCUACCCAGAAAAUGCAAAAGAAUCAGCAACUAGCUCGGACAAGGAUGACGGUCGAAUGGUACAAGAACAAUUUGUGCUUGGUAACUCAUUUAUUAACGUUGUCGAAGAAACUAGAUUAGAUGAUGCUGAAUCAGAUACGAGCGGGAAACACGGGAACAACUUAAUCGAGAAGGGAAACCAAGAUGUUGCUGACCAUCCAGCAGUAGAGGAAAAAUCUGAAGAACUAGCAGUUGAAGAAAAACAUGAAGAACCAAUGAUUGAAGAGAAACAUAAAGAACCAACAGUUACAGAGAAACAUGAAGAACCAGAAGUUGAAAAAAACCCUGAAGAGCCAGUUGUGCAAGAGAAAGAAACAGAGGUUCAGGAGAAAUUUGAAAAAACAGCAGCUGAAGAGAAACUCGAAGAACUAGUAGUUGAAGAAACACCAAAAGAACCAACACGGGAAAAAACACCGGAAAAAUUAGAAUUCAAAGAAAAACUUGAAGAACGAACAGUUGAAGAAACAACAGAACAACUAGCAGUUGAAGAGAAAGGUGGAAAACCAGCAGUUAAAGAGGAGAAACCUAAUAAGGUAACUCUCUUGGAAAAGCAGAAAAUGCUAGCUGUAGACUCAAACAACAAAACUGACAAAGAAUUUCCAUGCAAUACCCUAAACGAUGCUGCUAACUUUGCAAAAGUUGAGGAACCAGCAGUUGAAGAAAAACCCGAGGAACCAGAGAAACCUGAUUUACCAACAGUUGAGCAGAAAUCUGAAGAAUCAUUUGAGGAAAAAAUUAAGAAACCAGAGGCUGAAGAGAAACCUGAAGAACCAACAGAAAGAGAAACAUCUGAAGAUCUAGCAGGGGAGGAAACCCUUAAAGAGAAACCUGAAAAACCAACGGUUGAAGAUACACUUGAAGAACUAGUGGUUGAAGAGAAUGAUGAAAAACCAGCAAUUGAAGAGGAGAAACCUGAAAUGGAAGCUCUUCAGGAGAAUAAUUCGCCAAUAGUAGACCCAAUGAACAAGACAGAAAAUGCAAUUCCAUGCAAUACCAGCAAAGAUAUUGCUGAUUAUGCAUCAGUUGAGGAAAAAACUGAAGAACCAGUAGUUGAAAAAAAACAUGAAGAACCAACAAUUGAAGAGAAAUCUGAAGACUCAGCGGUUUUGGAGAAGCCUGAAGAAUCAGCGGUUGAGAAUAAACAUGAACAACCAACAGUUGAAGAUAAAUCUGAAAAACUAGCACCAAGGGAGAAACUUGAAGAACCAUCGAUUGAGGAGACACUAGAAGAACCAACAGUUGAAGAUAAACCAGAAAAAAGGGUAACUGAAGAAGCACCUGAAGAACCAACACGGGAAGAAACACCAAAUGAACUAGCAUUUGAAGAGAAAUCUGAAAAGAAUUUGCUAGUUGUAGACUCUAAGGACAAAACUGAUAAUGAAAUUCCAUGCAAUACCAACAACAAUACUGCUCACUUUCCAGAAAUUGAGAAAAAACUCGAAGAACCAGCAGUUGAAGUUGAAGAAAAACCUGAAGAAUUAGUUAUUGAAAAGAAACAUGAUGUACCAGAGGUUAAAGAGGAACCUGAAGAACCAACAUCGAAAGAAAAAACUGAAGAGCUAGCAGGGGAGGAAACACAUGAAGAACUAGCACUUGAAGAGAAACCUGUAGCACCGACAUCAAAAGUAACAUCUGAAGAGUUUGCAGGAGAGGAAACACAUGAAGAACUUGCACUUGAAAAUAAAUCUGUAGUAUCUGUUGUUUCGGAGAAUCUUGAAGAACUGGUCAUUGAUAAGAAAACUGAACAACUGACAGUUGAAGAGAAGCCUGAAAAACCAGCACUUGCAGAGAAAUAUGAAGAGCCAGCGGUUGAAGAGGAGAAACCUGAAAAGAAUGUGCUAAUUGUAGACUUGAACGACAAAACUGACAGUGAAAUUCCAUGCAAUACCAAUAAUGAUGUUGCUCACUUUCCAGACAUUGAGGAAAAUCAUCUUGAAGAAUUGGCUGUCGAAGAAAAACCCAAAGAACCAGACAAUGAAGAGAAACCUGCAGAACCAAUAAUUGAGGAGAGAUCUGAAGUACAAGAGAAUAUACCUCAAGAACCGGUGGCUGAAGAGAAACCUGAAGAACGGGCAGAUAAAGAAGCACCUGAAGAAUCAAAGACUAUAAAGACACCUGAAGAACUAGUUGUUGAAGAGAAAGAUGAAAAACCAGCAAGUGAAGAGGAGGAACUAGAAAUGGAAGCUCUUCAGGAGAAGAAUUCACCAAUUGUAGGCUCAAAGAACAAGACAGAAAAUGCAACUCCAUGCAAUACCAACAAUGAUAGUGCUGAUUAUGCAUCAGUUGAGGAAAAAACUGAAGAACCCGUAGUUGAAAAAAAACACGAAGAAUCACCAAUUGAAGAGAAAUCUGAAGAAUCAGCGGUUUCGGAGAAGCCUGCAGAACCAGCGAUUGAGAAUAAACCUGAACAACCGAUAGUUGAAGAUAAAUCUGAAAAACCAGCAGCAAGAGAGAAACUUGAGGAACCAUCGAUGGAGGAGACACUCGAAGAACUAACAGUUGAAGAGAAACCUGUAAAACCAGUAACUGAGGAAGCACCUGAAGAACCAACACGAGAAGAAACACCAAAUGAACUACCAUUUGAAGAGAAACAUGAAGAACCAGCCAUCGAAGAGGAGAAACCUGAAAAGGAAACUCUUUUAGAAAAGAAUAUGCUAAUUAUAGACUCGAACGACAACAGUGGCAGUGAAAUUCCAUGCAAUACGAAGAAUAAUGUUGUUCACUUUCCAGACAUUGAGGAAAUUCCUGAAGAAUUGGCUGUUGAAGAAAAACCUGAAGAACCAGUUAAUGAGGAGAAAUCUGAUGUACCAGCGGUUGAGGUGAAACCUGAAGAACCAACAAUUAAUGAGAAAUCUAAAGUUCAAGUAGAGGAGAUAUCUCAAAAACCGGAGGCUGAAGAGAAGCCAGAAGAACCGGCAGCUAAAGGAACACCUGAAGAGCUAGCAAAGGAGGAAACACCUGAAGAACUAGUACUUGAAGAAAAGCCUGAAGAAUCAACCGUUGAGGAGGAACCUGAAGAAUUAGUUGUAGAGAAGAAAGAUGAAAAAGCAGCAAUUGAAGAGGAGGAACUUGAAACAGAAGUUUUUCAGGAGAAGAAUAUGCCAAAAUUAAACUCAAAGGACAAGAUAGACAAUGCAAUUCCAAGCAAUACCGACAACGACAUUGCUGAUUAUGCAUCAGUUGAGGAAAACACAGAAGAGUCAGUAGUUAAAAAAACCCAUGAAGAAUCAUCAAUUGAAGAGGAAUCUGAAGAAUCAAUGGUGUUGGAGAAGGCAGAAGAACCGGCAGUUGAGAAAAUACCUGAACAACCGAAAAUUGAAGAGAAACCUGAAAAACCAACAGGGGGGGGAAAGCUUGAAGAACCAUCGAUUGGGGAGACAAUCAAAGAACCAACAAUUGAGGAGAAACCUGAAAAGCAAGUAACAGAAGAAGAAACACCUGAGGAACCAAUACAGGAAGAAACACCUGAGGAACUAGCAUUUGAAGAGAAACAUGAAGAACCAACAGUUGAAGAGGAGAAACCUGAAAAGAUAACUCUUUUCGAAAAGAAUAUGCCAAUGGUAGAGUCGAACGACACAACUGGCAGUGAAAUUCCAUGCAAUACCAAUAAUGAUGUUGCUUACUCUCCAGACACUAAGGAAAAUCCUGAAGAAUCAACUAUUGAAGAAAAAAGUGAAGAACUUGUUAAUGAAGAGAAACCUGACGUACCAGAGGUUGAGGAGAAACCUGAAGAACCGAUGGUUGAGGAGAAAUCCGAGGUACAAGUAGAGGAGAAACCUCAAAAACCAGCAGCUGAAGAGAAACCUGAUGUACCUGCGGUUAAGGAGAAACCUGAAGAACCAACAUUUGAGGAGAAAUCUAAAGUACAGGUAAAGGAAAUACCUCAAGAAUCGGCAGCUGAAGAGAAACCUGAAGAACAAGAGAAACCUGAUGUACCAGUGGUUAAGGAGAAACCUGAAGAGAAACCUGAAGAACAAACAAUUGAGGAGAAAUAUGAAGUACAAGUAGAGGAAAUACCUCAAGAACCGAUGGCUGAAGAGAAACCUGAAGAAUCGGCAUCUAAAGAAACACCUGAAGAGCUGGCAAAGGAGGAAACACCUGAAGAACUAGCACUUGAAGAGAAACCUGAAGAAUCAACGGCUGAAGAGGCACCUGAAGAACUAGUUGUUGAAGGGGAAGAGGAAAAAACUGCAAUUGUAGAGGAGGAACUUGAAGCGGAAGAUCUUCAGGAGAAGAAUAUGCCAAAAGUAAACUCAAAGGACAUGACAGACGAUGCAAUUCCAAGCAAUACCAAUAAUGAUAUUGUUGACUAUGCAUCUGUUGAGGAAAAAAUUGAAGAACCAGUAGUUGAAAAAACCCAUGAAGAACCAUCAAUUGAAGAGAAAUCUGAAGAAUCAAUGGUUUUGGAAUAUCCAGCAGAACCACCAGUUGAGAAAAUUCCUGAACAACCAACAAUAGAAGAGAAACCCCAAAAACCAACAGUGGGAGAAAAUCUUGAAGAACCAUCAGUUGAGAAGACAAUCGAAGAACCAAUAAUUGAAGAGAAACCCGAAAAACAAGUAACUGAAGAAACACCUAUGGAACCAACACCGGAAGAAACAACCAAGGAACUAGCAUUUGAAAAGAAACAUGAAGAACCAACCGUUGAAGAGGAGAAACCUGAAAAGGUAACUCUUUUGGCAAAGAAUAUGCUAAUUGUAGACUCGAAUAACGAAACUGGAAAUGAAAUUCCAUGCAAUACCAAUAAUGAUGUUGCUCGCUUUCCAGACAUUGAGGAAAAUCUAGAAGAAUCAGCAGUUGAAGAACCAGUCAAUGAGGAUAAACCUGAUGUACCAGCGGUUAAGGAGAAACCUGAAGAACCAACAAUUGAGGAGAAAUCUGAAGUACAAGUAGAGGAGAUACGUCAACAGCCGGUGGCUGAAGAGGAACCUGAAGAACCGGCAGUUACAGAAACACCUGAAGAGCUAGCAAAGGAGGAAACACCUCAAGAACUAACACUUGAAGAGAAACCUGAAGAAUCAACGGUUGAAGAGACACCUGAAGAACUAGUUGUUGAAGAGAAAGAUGAAAAAGCAGAAAUUGAAGAGGAACCUGAAACGGAAGCUCUUCCGGAGAAGCAGAAUAUGCCAAUUGUAAGCUCAAAGGACAAGACAGACAAUGCAAUUCCAAGCAAUACCAACAACGAUAUUGCUGACUAUGCAUCAGUUGAGGAAAAAAGAGAAGAACCAGUAGUUGAAAAAAACCAUGAAGAACCACCAACUGAAGAGAAAUCGGAAAUGGUUUUGGAGAAGCCAAAAGAACCAGCGGUUGAGAAAAAAACUGAACCAUCGACAACUGAAGAGAAACCCGAAAAAUCAACAACGGGAGAGAAGCAUGAGGAACCAUCAGUUGAGAAGACAAGCGAAGAACCAACAAUUGAGGAGAAACCUGAAAAACCAGUAACUGAAGAAGCACAUGAAGAACCAACACGGGAAGAAACACCUAAUGAACUAUCAUUUGAAGAGAAACCAGCACUUGAAGAGGAGAAACCUGCAAAAGUAACUCUUGUGGAAAAGAAUAUACUAGUUGUGGACUUGAAUGACAAAACUGGCAGUGAAAUUCCAUGCAAUACCAAUAAUGAUGUCGCUCCCUUUCCAAACAUUGAGGAAAAUCCUGAAGAAUCGGUAGUUGAAGAAAAACCUGAAGAACCAGCCAAUGAAGAGAAACCUAAUGCAGCAGCGGUUAGAGAGAAACCUGAAGAACCAACAAUUGAGGAGAAAUCUGAAGUACAAGUAGAGGAAAUACCACAAGAACCGGAGGUUGAAGAGAAACCUGAAGAACCGGCAGCUAAAGAAACACCUGAAGAGCUGGCAAAGGAGGAAACACCUGAAGAGCUGGCAAAGGAGGAAACACCUGAAGAACUGGCACUUGAAGAGAAACCUGAAGAACUAGUUGUUGGAGAGAAAGAUGAAAAACCUGCAAUUGAAGAGGAGGAACUUGAAGCGGAAGCUCUUCAGGAGAAGAAUAUGCCAAAAGUAAACUCAAAGGACAAGAUAGACAAUGCAAUUCCAAGCAAUACCAACAACGAUAUUGCUGACUAUGCAUCAGUUGAGGAAAACACUGAAGAGUCAGUAGUUGAAAAAAAACAUGAAGAAUCAAUGGUUUUGGAGAAACCAGAAGAAUCACCGGUUGAGAAAAAACCUGAACCACCGAUAAUUGAAGAGAAACCAGAAAAAUCAACAACAGGAGAGAAGCUUGAAGAACAAUCAGCUGAGGAGACAAGCGAAGAACCAACAACUAAGGAGAAACCUGAAAAACCAGUAACUGAAGAAGCACAUGAAAAACCAACACAGGAAGAAACGCCUAAUGAACUAUCAUUUGAAGAGAAACCAUCACUUGAAGAGGAGAAACCUGAAAAGAAUAUGCUAGUUGUAGACUUGAACAGCAAAAAUGGCAGUGAAAUUCCAUGCAAUACCAGUAAUGAUGUUGCUCAAUCUUUAAAUGUUGAAGAAAAUCUUGAAGAAUCAGCAGUUGAAGAAAAACCUGAAGAACCAGUUAUUCAAGAGAAAUUUGAAGAACCAUCGGUUGAGGAGAAAUUUGAAUUACCAUUUGAAGAGAAACCUCAAGAACCUGCGGCUGAAGAGAAAUCUGAAGAACGAACAGCUAAAAAAACACCUGAAGAGUUAGAGGGGGAGGAAACAGCUGAAGAACUAGCACUUGAAGAGAAACCUGAAGAAGCAACGGUUGAAAAGACACCUAAAGAACUAGUUGUUGAAGUGGAGAAACCUGAAACCGGAGCUCUUCUAGAGAAGCAUUUUCCAAUUGUAGACUCAAAGGACAAGAUAGAUUAUGUAAUGUCAUGCAAUACCACCAAUGAUAUUGCUGACUAUGAAUCAGUCAAGGAAAAAUCUCAAGAACCAGUAGUUGAAAAAGAACAUGAAGAAACAACAAUUGAAGAGAAGCCUGAAGUAUUGGCGGUUAUGGAGAAGCCUGAAGAACCAACAGUUGAGAGAGAACUUGAAGAUCUGGCAGUUGAAGAGAAACAUGAAAAAACAACUGUGGAGGAGAAACUUGAAGAACCAAUGGUUGAAGAGAAACCUGAAAAACCAAAAACUGAAGAAACACUCAAGGAAUCAAAACGGGAAGAAACACCUAAUGAACUAGCAUUUGAAGAAAAAACUGACAAACCAGUAGUUGAAGAGGAGAAACCUGAAAACCCAACAGUUGAAGAGGAGAAACUUGAAAAGAAUUUGCUAGUUGCGGACUCAAAGGACAAAACUGACUGUGAAAUUCCAUGCAAUACUAACGAUGAUGAUGCUCACUUUCAAGAAGUUGAGAAAGACCCUGAAGAACCAGCAGUUGUAGAAAAACCUGAAGGACCAGUUAUUGAAGAGAAACUUGAUACACUAGCAAUUAAGGAGAAAUAUGAAAAACCAGCUGAGGAGAAACCUCAAGAACCAACUGUUGAAGAAAAACUUGAAGAACCAACAGCUAAAGAAACACAUGAAGAGCUAGCAGGGGAGGAAACACUUGGAGAGCUAGCACUUGAAGAGAAACCUGAAGAACCAAUGGUUGAAAAGACCUUUGAAGAGCUAGUUGUUAAAGAGAAACACGACAACCCAGUAAUUGAAGAGCAGAAACUAGAAACGGAAGCUCUCCUAGAGAAGAAUAUGUCAAUUAUAGACUCAAAGGACAAGAUUGACAGUGAAAUUCCAGGCAAUUCCAACAAUGGUGUUGCUGACUGUCCAACAGCUGAAGAACUGGAAGUUGAAGAAAAACAUGAAAAACAAGUGAUUGAAGAGAAACUUGAAGAACCAGAAGUGGAAAAACAAACUGAAGAACCAGUUUUCAAGGAGAAACUUGAAGAACCAACAGUUGAAGAGAAAUCUGAAGAGCUUGUAGUUGAAAAAACACUUGCAGGACCAGCAUGGAAAGAAACACUUGAAGAACUAACAUUUGAAGAGAAACCUGAAGAACCAGCAGUUGAAGAAACAACUAAAGAUCUAGCAAUUGAAAAGAACCUUGAAAAACUAGCAGUUGAAGUUGAAGCGAAGCCUGAAAAGGUAACUUUGUUGGAAGAGAAUAUGUCAGUUAUAGAUUCAAACGGGAAGUCUGACACUCAGACUCCAUGCAAUACCAACAAUGAUGUUGUUGACUAUCCAGCAGUUGAGAAAAAACCUGAAGAACCAGGAGUUGAGGAAAAACCUGAAGAACCAAUGGUUGAGGAAAAAAUUGAAGAACCAAUGGUUGAGGAAAAGCUUGAAGAACCAAUUGUUGAGGAUAAACCUGAAGAACCAGCAAUAAAGGAGAAACCUCAGAAAUUGGCAAUUGCAGAAACAUUUGAAGAGAAACCCCAAGAACCAGCAAUUGAGGAGAAACACAAAAAACAAGAGGUGAAAGAAACACCUGAAGAUCCAGUGGUUAAAGAGACACGUGAAGAACUAGAAAAGAAACCUGAAGAACCAGCAAUUGAAGAUAAACCUCAAGAACCAGUAGUUGACCAAAAACCUGAGGAACCAACAGUUGAGGAGAAAUCUGAAGAAUCUACAGUUGAAGAACCAACAUUCGAUGAAAAACAUGAAGAACCAUCAGUUGAAGAAAAGCCUGACGAAUCGGCAGCUGAAAAAUUUGAAGAACCAGCAGUUGAAGAAGAACCCGAGAAUCUACCAGUUGAAGAGAAAUCUGAAGAACUAGUUGUUAAAGAGAAACUUGAAGAACCAAUGAUUGACGAGAAACCUAAAGAACACCCACUUGGAGAAGAACUCAAAGAACAAAACAGGGAAGAAGCUGUCAUUGAAAGAAUUGAUGAAUCUGAAACACAAUUAACAGAGAAAGAAGAAGCUUUAAUUGGAAAACAGGCAGAACUGUUAGUCAAAGAAACAAUGAGACCUUGCAAAGAAGUUGAAAUUGAGAUAAAAGAACUUAAAGAUAUCAAUGCUGAUGAUGGGACAAAUAAGAAUGUCCUACAAAAAGAAGAAAGGAGCUUAGACGAGCUUCUAACAUCCGCCAAAGAAGAGAUGGUGACAAAUAACUCUAAAGAAUGCAAAGUGGUUUCAGAAACCCCCAAUCAAGAGAACCUUCAAAAAGCCAACCUAACCACAGAAGAGGUUAAAGACGUGCGUGGAGUGGAGAACGCAAUUGAACUUUCUUCAGAAGAAAUGAGGGUGGAGGACAAUACUAACAAGGAGGAACAAGAAGAAGACUUAAGAGAGAGCACCGGCCAAGAUUCCUCAAACAACAGCACAACACAGGUACAGCAAGAGCAGGGAACAACAACAAGUGAACCUGAAAGAGGAAGUUUGGAACCUUUUGGAUCAGAAAGAAAAACAGCAGCAGGUUUCGGAGAGAUGAUAACAUGCGAUGAAACAAAAGAAACACAGAAAGAAGAAUUAAAGACUGAAAAUGCUCCAAUUACCCAAGUAGGAGGUGAACAAGAGGAAAAAACAAGGAAUGAGCAAGAAGAAAUAACAGAACAUUUGACAUCAUUGACAUCUGUUAAGGUUCCGGAAAAGGAGAUAGCAAUGGAUAACAUGGUGAGCAGUGAAAGCAAUGCAACUAAGCAGCUACAAGAUCAAGCAGCAUAUCCUCUACUUACAUUAGAGAGGGAGGAAACUGUUCCAACAAGCAGCACUGGCGUCAAUGGUACGCCCAAAGACAGCAUUACCCCAUAUGUGCAACUGGGUGCAGAGGCCAAAAGUCAAGAAAAUUACAAAAACGAGAAAGAAUUGGAAUGUAAUUCAAAAGAAGCACCAGAGGAAUCGAGAUCAAGAGAGACGCAAGCUAAGGUUUCUGACCUUAUGCAUGUACCAGUUAAAGAGACAUCAAAAAUGGAGGAAAACUUUGCUGAAGAAAGAGAAGACAAUGAUAGAGAAGAGGAAGGAAUUCAACAGACAAGAGAACGGUCAAGUUCUGAAGAUACAGUGAUUGUAGAAAUCUCACGAGAUGCUGAUAUUAAAGUUCAACACAAGAAACAUCAGAACAUAUUGUCAGGCGUUGGAUCAAAAGUCAAGCACUCAAUUGCAAAGGUGACGAAAGCUAUCACUGGUAAGUCCUCUAAGACCAAGCCAUCAUCACCAAAGUAAGGAGGAUAAAACGACCAAGACAGCACGUUAUACAAAGUUGUAAAGUACUCAAGAAAAACAAAGUGAAAAGUUUUUAGCUAUUCAAGUUUUUCAUAAAUUGGAAGAGUUUGUCCAGAAUGUGUAAUCUUAUUGUAUUAGGAAUUCUAUAAUUAGUGGAUACAUAGAAGCAACUUCUCAGCGACAA